AAUAUGUCUACUCCACUUUUAUCUUCAAAUACAGCAGAAGCUCUCGGUAACGCUGCUUCUUCUAUGGCAAAUGAUGCAGGACGCUCUUUUAUUCAACGUUUUCGUGAACAGCGUCUAGCCAACCUUCGUCCACUAAGUGAUUUCUUUGACAAAAACCGAAUCAGCUUUACUACUAAUUUCAGUACAAUCACAAAGCGUUGGAAUUACAAUCUACAAUACUUUUCAGCCAAUUAUUUAUUGAUUGUAUUGGCCUUGAGUAUUUAUGCCAUUAUCACAAGUUGGUGGUUAGUAUUUACGAUUGCCUUUGUAUUUGGUGGGUUUUAUUUUAUUUCGCGUUUAAAUGGGCCUCUUGAGAUUGCGGGUAAUUCUAUUCCGACAUCCACAUUGUAUGCUUCCUAUGGUAUAGGCUCUAUUGUCUUAUUGCUUUUCUCAGGAGCAACAGGCGUGAUUUUUUGGAUUAUUGGUGCUGCUGCUAUGAUCAUCUUGGGUCAUGCUGCUGUUCUUGAAGAAGGACUUGAAGGAGACUUUGGAGCAGAUGAACAAGUUUAAGGAUUGCAUAAAAUAAAAUGUCACCCCCUU